AUGAACCUCAAUUUCACCUCGCACGCGGUGGCCCACUCGGUGUCUUCCCACAGGCCAACUUCCUUCUUCAUCGAGGACAUCCUGCUCCACAAGCCCAAACCCCUUCGGGAAGUGGCCCCCGAGCACUUCCACAGCCCCCUGGCCUCUCGGGUCCCUCUGCUGGACUAUGGGUACCCCCUGAUGCCCCCGCCGACCAUCCUGGCGCCUCACCCGCACCACCCGCUCCAUAAACCGGAUCAUCACCACCCUUAUUUCUUGACCACUUCGGGUAAGCGCUCCUUCGCCGUCGCCUCUCUGCCUUUGGCUUGAGGAACCGCGCGAGUCUCUGUCGUGUGCGUUGCCUGGUACCCAAACUCGUGCCGGUGUGUGUCCGCUAUUGUUGGCUAUUGUUGGUGGGUGGGCUUUUUUCGGGGAGGGGAGGCUUUAAAAAGGAGAGGAAGCUGCCCGCUUUGCUGUCCAAGAAAAGGCAAAGCUGUCCAGUCAAGUCUAGCCGCGCUGCUGAUGCGAACGGUUUAGUCGAGAACUCCCCAAAUCCGAUUUCAUCCAGGUGGUUGCCAAACUUUCUUCUUUACGCACAAAAAGACAAGACGCGGGUUGAGGCUUUAAAAAAAUUCAGAGCAGCGAGGGCAUCUUCCGUCCCUGCUCUCUUUGAUGAAAGAGAGGAGAGGUUUAAUCAAAGAAGCGGGGAAAGGGCGCUGGAAGUUUGGGAAUCAGCCCCUUGACGCAGAGAUCCUCCGCUUGCGUCGCGGGCACGAAAAUCCCUCGGUCUAUAUGAGUUUCAGUUCGUCCUUAAAAGAAUCGGAAGCCCUUGGAAGUAAAGUCCUCUUGGUCGCUAACUUCCAAGGUUUCUGACUUCCGAUGCUCAAAAAUAAAUCAAGCCAAACCUUAAUAACUUUUCAGCAAUGUCACGAUUGAAUCUGAAAUUAUAAAAUAAAACGCGGUAUGGAACUUCUUUCCCACUGAAUACAAAUAAAUAAAUGAACUCACGCGGUUGCUGUUUUCCUUCAGGCUUUUAAAGGGGCUGCUCUUGAAGAGGAAGAGAAGACAGAUUAAUAUUUUGUGGAGCGACCAGAGGUUGAAAUUAUAAUUUAACCAUGAAUCAUUCUCAGUUUAUAAACGAAAACGAAUAUUGGAUUUAUCUUCGAACCGAAUUCAUCCCACAAUUUAGACUCCAGUAUUUAGAAUCUGUUAAAAACAGGGCGCUAAUUGAUUUAAAAUAGAGACGGAACCGUCUUUUUGACAAAAAAAAAAGCAUAAACCCGUUACCUUUUAGAAUGUAUAAGACUUACAUAUUUACAAAGGGAUAGAAAAGGAAAGGGAUGAAAAGGCAAAAUGUCAGACGAAAACUUAAAAUUUAUUUCCUUCAAAUUUAUUUAAUUAGAAAUUAUAAGUCAUAUAAGGGAACGUUGCUUGAAAUAGCACAGGAUUGCAACCCAAAAGACUGGGAAGCUUUUCAAGAGUUGCCAAGCGCACAAGAAUGUUUCCUUGAGAUGGUUUUAUUCAAUCCCGUUUUUCCAGUCAUGAAAAUGCAAAAUCAAACAAAAAUAUAUUUUUUUAAGUCGAUAAAGGAAAACAUCUUAGAAAUACGAAAACAGUAGUCGUGAAAGGAAACACACGAACCUUGCAGCUUGCCUAUGAAGAAUGUAAACGACACUUAACGGUUAUACGAUUUAAAACGGGGAAGGUAACCCGUAUAGAGUAUCGCAUAUAGAAAUAAGGAGCCGCAGUGAGCGCGUGUUUUUAAAGGCUGCAAUGUAAUCAGAUGCAUAGGUGUCGACUCCCUGCGGCCCUGGGUGCUCGAGCACCCACAAAAUUCCCCAUGAAGGGCCAUGCACGCUGCAGGGCACCCACGACCCCGGGCACCCACGGUCGCGGCCAAGCUGGCAUUCCUGAUCAGAUGUGAAGUCAGGCUGGCGGGUGCAGAAGGUCGCUCUUCCACAUUCUGCUCCCACCAGCAGAUCCACCUGAUAGGUGAUCAAAUAAAAUCCUCCUUAGGACUCAGCAAGAUGAUAGGGAAAUAACCCUGUUUUGCCGGCCACCAGGGUGAACUGACACCCGGUAAAAGAGUCUUCUGCAAUGCAUCCACUCUGGGACGUGGAAUUACAGGGGGUUUCUUUUUAAACGACGAACUUUUGCAGUGUCUUAAAAGCCAGAAAACAAAGGAGAAAAACGAGGGUGGAAGCGGAAAGGGGCAAUAGUUGCGGAGUUGGUCACAAAUACUUAAUGACCCAUUUGGACUCACAUUUGCAUUUGGGAGAUUAGGUGGAGGGUAGAUCAACUCUAGGAAACCUUAGCAAUGAAAGCUGUCAGAGGAAGCGGUUGAUGCUGCCCUUAAUGGCCUCCGGACUUGCAGGCUCCCUUUAUUUUUCCAGGAAGGCAGAAAUUCAGCAGGAAAAACUCUUCCCGCCGCUGUGUUGGGGGUAGGGAAAGCUUCACCGACAGAUUUUCUGCCUGUUACGCAGCAAAGUCACAGGAGCUCUGCCAUGGCUAAAGAAAAGUCCUCCUGAAAUCCUCUCUCCCCCCCCCCCAGCCCAACUGAUGUAGUAGCUGACAGCGAAGAAGUCCUGAGUUCAAAUUCUAGCUUGCGGGGCGAGGGUUAGGACUGCUGGCAGGAUCCUCGCAGGGACACGCACGCAAUUUUCUUCUAACGCAACAUUCUGCUUGUCCACUCAGAAGUCGGUCCUAUUGACUUCAAUCUACGAAAGUGUGUAAAUGUGUGAGAUUGUAGUCUUUUAGCUCUGCCUCUCAAGCCACCGCUACACUGAGCUGUUUUGGUCGGUAGACCUUUAGCAGAGACUGUUCGUUCCUUUACCCUGGAAGAAAGGGGAGGGGAGCUUUGUGUCUUCCAGGGAACUGGGGUAAGGGGGGGGGGAGCUGGAAGAAGAACGUCCCACUUCUGUCAUGAUCGACGGGGGAGAUUUUGGACCGGGACGCAGGAACUGGCUCAGGUGCUGAGCUAAGAAGACCCCACCUCCCAGUUCCUUGAAAAAGCGCCCCGCAAAGUUCAGACUCCAAGCACUCCAGACCACGGAAGGAGUUGCUCCGGGGCUCUUCAACCACCGUUUGUUUCUCUUGGAAACCCGCCCCAAUUUUGAACUGUGCUCACUCACGUGCGUAAAAGAGGGGUUUGGGAACAGAAAAGCAGACCUCGUGCUUAAUCCGUUUUAAUUAAUCCGGGCCAAACGGCAGAGGAUUUUCUACCCUUUCGGGUGGCUGCCUCAUGAUCUGAAUUCAAAGAAAGUGGAGUGCGGGGGUGGGAGGGAGAUGAGGCCCCGGACUGGGUGGGAAAUGACACGUCUUAAAACGAAGUCUAGUGAAUAGGAGAAAUAAGAGGUAAAUAGCCCCCGUCCAAAGAUUAAGCGGGGAAUAUAGAAUUAGGGAGCUCAGUGCUACUCCUAAGAGGCAGUGUGGUGGUGCUAGGUGUUGGGAAUGGCAAAACAACAACAACAACAACCCUACUCUGGCGGUUGCAAUGCUUCCUUUGUGGCCGCGGCUUCCCCAUCCCCGGCUGCGUUCACAUAAAGGAGGCCGCAAGGUGGUUUGCAGUCGAUUUACUGCUGAGGCCUCUCGGCGAAUAGGCGCUGCGAUGGCUACAUGGAGCUUCCGCGGGCAGGGGCAGUCUACCUCUGUUUGGCGGAGACCAUGGCGCCUCCACUCCCAGUGGCUGGACUUCUUAGAGGGCAUUGGCCUGGGAUUCCAGGCACCCUUCCCACCAAGAAUCCAUAUCUAUCGAUUUCUCCUUAAAGGUGGGCUGUGGGUUGUCGGUGGGGCGCCUGGCAGGCCCGCCACGGAUCCGCUCGUGUCUUCCUUGCAGGGGUGCCGGUGCCCGCUCUCUUCCAGCCUCACCCGCACGCCGAGCUGCCGGGCAAGCACUGCCGCCGUCGGAAGGCCCGCACCGUCUUCUCGGACUCGCAGCUCUCCGGCCUGGAGAAGCGCUUCGAGAUCCAGCGCUACCUUUCCACUCCCGAGCGCGUCGAACUGGCCACAGCGCUCAGCCUCUCGGAGACCCAGGUAGGGCCGGGCUGGAAGGAUGCGGAGGGACGAAGCGCGGUGGGUGGGUGAGUGGGUAAUUGGGUGCAGUCAGGCACCCCGCAAAAGCCCCCGGCCCCCACUGGUGGGGGGAGGAGAAAGCAGAUGUCUUAAAGGGGAGUGAGCCCCGGAACGUUUUCCUCCCUCCCUCGAGAGCCUUGGGAUGCCGGGUGACCUAGGCUGCGGUCCUCCUGCCUACGGCCUUACUCGAGAGUCGGUCCCAUGGAGGACACGAGGGGGCUUACUUCUCAGGAAACAUGCGCAGGAUGUUGCUUGCAGCUAUCAUAAGUCCUGGCUCGGUGUGUUGAGAGCCUUUCUGUGUGGUGGAGGCGAAAGGAGGAAUUCAGGCGGCACAGAAAGAAUUUAAACAGAAACAGUAAAGCAAAAUGUUCCUGUCGAAUUACUUUUAAUUGAUUUGAGUUCUCGCCCUUUGAGUUACAGCCCCGGCCCACGGGGCAGUUUAAGAUAUUUCAGUAAAACCCGAACAACAGUAAAAUAGUAGUAGUGGUAGUAGUAAUAGUAGAAGAAUUAAUAAUAAUAAUAAUAAUAAUUUGUAGAGUUGGAAGGGAUCCCGAGGGUCAUCUAGUCCAACCCCCUACAAUGCAGGAAUAAUAAUAAUAUGCCAUUGGGACAGAAUUUAAAAUUAUAAAUCAGCCAUCUCGUAAGUUCACCAGAGAGAUGUCGGUUCUCAAAUCUGCCACCCCGAGGAGCAAAUGGAGCUUAGUCUGUCUUCUGAACUGGAUUGCAAAGGGCCAUCACUUCACUUAGCAAGGUUCCAGAACUGACACAGAAGCUCAAAAGACCUGCCCCGAGGACCCUACAGUUUGCAUGCCAAUAAAUGGGAGGGCAACGGUGAAGCUAGCGGUGCAUGGAGAUGAGCAGAUGAAGUUCUGCCACGAAGUCGUGCAAUUAAGCUAGCCUGUGCAUGUUUACUCGGAAGUAAGCCUUAAGGAUCUCAGAAGGGUUUACUACGUAGGAUUGCAACCUUAGGUUUAUUUUCCCUUGCGCAACUCCAUGCACGCUUUACCUGGGAGUAAAACCCCGCUGAAUUUAUUUGCGAAUAAAGAAUGAGGCAUCUGGCUUGAACCCAAUCUGAAACCUACGAUGAAUGGGGAGGCCAGUUUUUCUCUCCCUAUUGCGAAAUCGCGCGCGCGCCUGCCCGCCCGAGUGUCUCUCUCUGUGUGUGUGUAACUGUAAGAGUAGGAUGGGCUGACAUUGCGGGGUGUUGAACAAGCCUCCCUCACACAACCUCAGUUUCCCACCUGUCUAAGGCGCUCGCUUCUUCUCGGGAGUUGUGGGCAGAACACUUUGCAAGCUUCCGUGAACCUUGGAGCGGCCACAUGCUCUGUUUAAUGGCAGCCGUGCGCUAGGAUCCCCGUGAAACAGUCUAAGAAACCCAAAGAAAACUGGGCUCCUAAAUAGUUGUCAAACGUGUUCACAAUGUAGAUGUGGACACACGGAGGCAUUUCGAGUCCUCCCCGGACUUUCCACUUGCCCUAGAAAAUGUAAACCGGUUCCGCAUCCGGAUCAUCAUUUCCCCGCUUUCUUUUUCUUUCAAACAAAGAACAAAGUGUUUUGUCCACUUGGCAAAUGUGCCUUUGCCAUUCGGUCCCCUCCCUUCCACCCUUUUCCAGUGCCAUGCCACCCACUCCGCAGGGGUGGCGUUUGGGAGGAAGGAGUUCCGAAUAUCUCUCCCUUCUGACGUGCGCCCGAGCCAACCCUCGCCGCUUCUCCUUGCAGGUGAAAACGUGGUUCCAGAACCGUCGGAUGAAGCACAAAAAGCAGCUGCGGAAGAGCCAGGACGACCCCAAGGCCCCCGGCGCGGAGGACAGCGCGGAGCAGGGGGCCAGCAGCGAGCCGGAACUGGCGCCGCCAGACAAAACGGCGCCCGGCGCUUCUUCGGCCUCCUCCUCGGCCGAGCCCCGCAAGGGCGGCCACCCGCCGCCCUUCCUGCUAGAGGAGACCGAGGACGAGGUGGACAUAAUCGAAGGGGCGGAGCUUUGUGGCCCUCAGCACCUCAUCUAG